CUUGUCGCUGCAAUUUGUUUCUUUGGCUUUGUUCUGUUACGUUUUUGUUCAAUCUGUAGAUAUUAACAAAUGUGUGUGAAGUGAAUAUAGAAGUUAUUUUCGUAAUACCAAAAACGUCUGGUACUGCAAUAGCAUGUAUAUGAAACGGAAUACAAAUAUUGAAACGAGCCACUGUAUGAACUGUAUUCAAGCACAAAGAAAGUCCAAUGACUACGGCAAUUAAACAUAAUUACAAGUAUAUUAAGAAAUACCUUUCGAUAAGUAACGUGGAGUACUACUUGUGAUGCCAAAGGAACGCUGACUGAAGUAUGCCAGCUCAGCCAGUACUUGACCUGUUAUAAACUUUCGAAAGCAAAUGUGAUCAGAAAUAAUAUAUAUUAUUUCAAUUAAGAAUUAAGAAUUAGGAUUUAAAUUCAACUUGCAAAGAAGUUGUUAAGAAAGACAAAAUGCAACAGCACAGUAGCGGACUUAGACCUACAUUGCUUUUUAGCUUUAUAUUAACAUUUUCAGUACUGCCAUAUACUUUUGCGCAGACUGUGGCAACCCAAAGACUAACAGUUUCAACUCACGACCUCACUGUUUUGGUCAACAAGACUAAGGAAUUUGUUGUACAUUCUAACGAACCAUUGGAUGAAGACCAUAAAAUUACUUUGAUAAGACAACAUGAAAAUUUAGUACAACUUGAACCAAUUGAAUUUGAUUUAAGUGCGUCGAGUCCACAAAUUGAUCAGACUAUAACUGUUGUAGGAUUACAUCCAGGACAUUUAGAGAUCACAGCAGUUAGUGUGCCUAAUAAAACGUCACUUAUUGCGGAUCUGUUUGUACGAGUUACGGUCGCCAAUUCAGAAGCUAUAAUCUAUACAUCGCUAAUAUUUGGCUGGAUUUAUUUUGUUGCUUGGUCUAUUUCCUUCUAUCCGCAGAUAUAUAUUAAUUUUAAACGUAAAUCUGUUGUGGGUCUUAACUUUGAUUUUGUCAUAUUAAAUAUUGUGGGCUUUACGUUGUACAGUAUAUUUAAUUGUGGCUUGUAUUGGAUACCUGAGAUACAAGCCGAGUAUGCAAACCGUUAUCCACGAGGUGUCAAUCCAGUAAUGCUGAAUGAUGUAGUAUUUUCACUACAUGCCAUGGCAGCUACACUGAUUACAAUAUAUCAGUGUUAUGCAUAUGAGCGUGGAGAACAAAGGGUUUCAAAAACAGCUAGCGGACUAUUAGGCAUAUUUGCAUUAUUCAUCAUUAUAUCUGUGGGUCUAGCUGCUGGUAGUGUUAUACAUUGGUUAGAUUUUCUGUACUACUGCAGUUAUGUUAAACUGACUAUAACCAUAAUCAAAUAUGUGCCGCAAGCACUUAUGAAUUAUCGCCGUAAGAGCACAGUUGGUUGGAGUAUUGGAAAUAUUUUAUUGGACUUCACUGGUGGUACACUUAGCAUGUUGCAAAUGAUUUUGAAUGCCUAUAAUUAUGAUGAUUGGGUGUCUAUAUUUGGUGAUCCAACCAAAUUUGGACUGGGUCUGUUCUCAGUGCUUUUCGAUAUAUUCUUCAUGCUGCAACACUAUGUUUUCUACAGAAAUGCCCAGCCCUAUGAUGUACUACCCGGAGUUGAUAACUUAAGAAACGAUUAUAAUAAUUUGGCGCCAAAUUCAAAUCCUGAACCAACAACUCAAAACAGGGAUCCGAACUCAGUAAUUGCCUAGCAGUUCCAUUUUGCGCACGAGAAACAUUUAUAAAACUGAUUUAAAAUGUGUUUAAUGUAAAUUUAAUUUAAAUUUUUAUAUCUCAGAGAUAUAUCGUUAUUAUGUAAUUGUAACCGUCUGUGUUAGAUACGUGAUUCAUUAGUGGAAUAUAUUUAAUGAUGUCAAAAUUAAAUUUAUAUAUAACAUAUUUUAGUUUAAU